AUCUCGUGCUGAGUUUGUGAGAAUACAGAACUGCUUAAAGAAAUGGCUGAAACCGCUCCAGCUGCUGCCGCCCCGCCGGCCAAAUCACCGAAGAAGAAAUCCGCUGCGAAAGCCAAGAAAACGGGACCAAGUGUGGGUGACCUCAUCGUCAAAGCUGUUUCGGCUUCCAAGGAGAGGAGCGGCGUCUCUCUCGCCGCCCUGAAAAAGGCGCUCGCCGCCGGUGGUUACGACGUGGAGAAGAAAAACGCUCGCGUCAAGAUCGCCAUCAAGAAUCUCGUGACCAAAGGCACUCUGGUCCAGACCAAAGGGACCGGCGCUUCCGGGUCUUUUAAACUGAACAAACAGCAAGCAGAGACCAAGAAGAAACCAGCGAAGAAAGCCGCUCCUAAAGCAAAGAAGCCCGCAGCCAAGAAACCCGCCGCUGCCAAGAAGCCCAAGACUGCAGCGACAAAGAAGACCGCCGCUAAGAAAUCACCCAAGAAAGCGAAGAAACCAGCCGCCACCGCCGCUAAAAAGGCAACAAAGAGCCCCAAGAAAGCAAAGAAGCCAGCGGCUCCUAAGAAAGCAGCGAAGAGCCCCAAGAAAGCGAAGGCUGCUAAACCCAAGACGACAAAGCCCAAAGCAGCUAAGCCUAAAAAGGCAGCGCCCAAAAAGAAGUAAAUCCACUUUACAGAGUUUAUUUCACUAAAAAGGCUCUUUUAAGAGCCA